CGGGUUGUUUGCCGCACGCUUGAGCUGCCCACACAACGAUGCUAAAAGUAAAAGUAUUCACCUAAUUAUGAGGCUAAAAUAAGCACUUUAGUGACUAUGGUCAUACAACGGUUAAAACAUGUUUCCAUGUGACUUUGCGUGGGGGGCAGCGACUGCGGCGUAUCAAAUUGAAGGCGGCUGGCAAGCGGACGGCAAAGGUCCGAGCAUAUGGGACACGUUCUGCCAUGAGGGAGGCCGGGUAUGGGGGGAGCAAACCGGUGACGUGUCCUGCAACAGCUAUGAAUUGUGGGAAAAAGACCUGGCGUGCAUCCGGCGGCUUGGACUUACACACUAUCGUCUGUCUCUGUCCUGGGCCCGCCUCCUUCCCGAGGGGACCACAGAGCAUGUCAAUCAAAAAGGUGUGCAGUACUACAACAAGGUGAUUGAUGACUUGCUGGCAUGUGACGUGUCCCCUAUGGUCACGUUAUAUCACUUCGACCUGCCUCAAGCUCUCCAGAACCACGGUGGCUGGAAAGUGCCCGCCAUCGCCUCCAUCUUUGACAGCUAUGCCUGUUUUUGCUUCCAAACGUUCGGCGACCGCGUGAAACUUUGGAUCACCAUCAAUGAGCCGUACGUGUGCACCAAGCUGGGUCACGAGGACGGCAUCCACGCGCCGGGGUUGAAAGAACCGGGAACGACGGCCUACCUGGUGGGCCACAACAUGCUAAGAGCCCAUGCCAUGGCUUGGCACAGCUACGACGCCCUCUACAGACCAACGCAAGGUGGUGCGGUGUCACUUGCUAUCAAUAGCGACUGGCUGGAACCGUUAGAUCCUGACUCUGCUGAUGACAUUGCCGCUUCCCAUCGUUGCUUUGCCUUCACACUUGGAUGGUUCGCUUGGCCGCUGUUUGUCACUGGGGAUUAUCCGGAAACGAUGAGGGCAGCCAUUGAUGCUCAAAGCAGGAAACUGGGAUACAAUGGCGAGUCAAGACUUCCUACUUUCUCCAAACAUGAACCUCCAGUGUUGGGCACUGCUGACUUCUUUGCCUUAAACUACUACACAUCCCGGAAGGUCAAAGCCAGGUUGGAAUGCACGCAAGGCAUGUCCAUGAAGAACGACCGGGAUGCGGAAGAAGUCCUGGAUCCAGAAUGGAGUAUUUGUGGAGUGUCCUGGCUGGCUGUGGUUCCCUGUGGCCUACGGAGGCUCCUGAAAUACAUAAAGGACACUUUCCAUGACCCGAUGGUCUACAUCACGGAAAGCGGCUUCUCUCAAGUGGGACCGCUGGUAAUGGAGGAUGCUCAGCGUGCAGACUUUUACAAGGACACCAUCCAGGAAGUGGAAAAAGCUAUUGGAGAAGAUGGCGUCAACGUCCGUGGAUACUUCGCAUGGUCGCUCUUGGACAACUUCGAAUGGGCAGACGGAUUCAGCAGUCGCUUCGGGUUAUUUCACGUAGACUUUUCCGACACGGGGAAGAAGCGGACAAUAUACCGCUCAGGGUUGGAAUAUGCAAAGGUGAUCUCAAAAUACAAAGCUGUGCAUUCCAAAUGAUAGAAAAACUAUCACUUUUUAAAUAAAUAAAUAAUUAUUCAAUCAGUCAGUUUUAAGCACAAAUAUUUUAGUCCACACUAAAUAUGCUUGGUUUAGCAGAAUAUUAACAAAAUGCUGGUACACACUAGUCACAUUUUGUAUUUCAAAAUACAUUUAUUUCUAGUGUUCUCACCGUUACUACCCGAAGAGCUGAAUGAAAAGCAGGCUUACAGGCAGGGGAUCUAAAUAUUACUAUAAUAACAAUAACAAUUCUAAUCAUGACAAUGAUAAUCAUAAUAGAAUUUGCUUGUUUGGGCACUUCCUACCAAUAUUCCAAGGCUUACACUGCCAUCCUGUGUGACCACCUGCAACUGCACCUUUAAAUUGAACAUUCCAUUGCAAAACGGCUUAUUUUAAAUUGUCCCCUUUAAUAGAACAUACCCUGUCUUGUAUACCAAACAACCACCAGCACUAUAAUGCAUCACAGAAUUAAAAGACUUAAUAUUCA